CCCAGGGGAGCUUCUCACUCACUACCUCCUCCUCCACCCCUGCCAGGCCCAGCAGCCACCACAGUGCCUGCCUCCUCGGCCCUGAAAUCAUGCCCCUGCAUCUCCUGUGGCUGAGCCUCGGCCUGCUGGGGGCUCUGCAAGCCCAGGCCCAGGACUCCCCCUCACCCCUGAUCCCAGCCCCACCUCUGAGCAAGGUCCCUCUGCAGCAGAACUUCCAGGAUAAUGAGUUCCAGGGGAAGUGGUAUGUGGUAGGCCUGUCAGGGAAUGCAAUUGGCAGAGAAGGCCAAGACUCACCGAAGAUGUAUGCCACCAUCUAUGAGCUGAAAGAGGACAAGAGCUACAACGUCACCUCCGUCCUGUUCAGGAAAGGGAAGUGUGACUAUUGGAUCAGAACUUUUGUUCCAAGCUCCCAGCCCGGCGAGUUCAAGCUGGGCAACAUUGAGAGUCACCCUGGAUUAACCAGUUACAUCGUGCGAGUGGUGAGCACUGACUAUGAACAGUAUGCCAUGGUGUUCUUCAGGAAGGUUUCGCACAACAGGGAGUACUUCAAGGUCACCCUCUAUGGGAGAACCAAGAAGCUGACUUCGGACCUAAAGGAGAACUUCACCCGCUUCUCCAAAUCUCUGGGCCUCACUGAAAACCACAUCGUCUUCCCUGUGCCAAUCGACCAGUGCAUUGACGGCUGAGUGCGCAGGUGCCACCAGCUGCCCCACCAGCGCGGACACCAUCAAGGGAGCUGGGAGACCCUCCCCACAGCGCUGCUCACCCAGCUGAUCCCCAGGCCACCCUGAUCAUGAAGCCCCGCCUUGUCUGCUAAAUAAACAUGUGCCCCAGGCC